AUGGACAACAAAUUAACACGUUACGAGAAAAUUGCUUUCCUGGGAGAAGGUCAGUUUGCCACAGUUUAUAAGGCUCGUGAUGUCCUAACAGAACAAAUUGUCGCCGUGAAAAAGAUCAAAAUUGGCAGCCGCGAAGAAGCACAGGAUGGCAUUAAUCGUACAGCCUUAAGAGAAAUCAAGUUGUUGCACGAAUUGCAGCAUGAGAACUGUAUUGGACUAUUGGAUGUUUUUGGUCACAAAUCGAAUGUGUCAUUGGUAUUUGAUUUUAUGGACACCGAUCUGGAAAUCAUCAUCAAAGAUCCUAAAAUCAUUCUAACACAAGGUGACAUAAAGGCGUAUAUGGUCAUGACACUGAAGGGUUUGGAAUACUUGCACAUGAAUUGGAUUCUACAUCGAGAUUUGAAACCAAACAAUUUAUUAGUCAACUCAGAGGGGAUAUUGAAAAUUGGUGAUUUUGGUUUGGCGAAAUUUUUCGGUUCACCAUCACGCAUUUACACCCAUCAGGUAGUGACCCGUUGGUAUCGUGCCCCCGAGUUAUUGUUCGGUGCACGUCAAUAUGGCACUGGCAUAGACAUCUGGGCGGUUGGCUGUAUUUUAGCGGAAUUAUUGUUACGCGUACCCUUUCUUGCUGGCGACUCGGAUCUAAAUCAAUUAACGAAAAUAUUCCAAGCAUUGGGCACGCCCACCGAAGAGACAUGGCCAAAUAUAACCAAAUUGCCAGAUUAUAUGCAAUUUGUGCAUUUUCCUGGUGCACCGCUGUCCGAAUAUUUUACAGCUGCUCCUGAUGAUCUUAUACAUUUGGCUGAAAAAUUAUUAGCUUUGGAUCCACAGAAACGUUGUAAUUGUACUGAGGCACUGGAAAUGCCAUACUUCAGAAAUAAACCAGCACCGACAUUGGGUCACAAGUUGCCUUUACCCAGUUCCAAUAAACAAAACGCCGAUGAAAAGCCAAGUUUGAAACGAAAAAUUAUGGAUGCUAUGGAAGGUGUUGGUAAUCCUAAAAAACUUAUAUUCUAA